GCCUAUCUACUAUGCGUCGAAGACCUUGAACGAUGCCCAGAAGAACUACACCACUACACAGAAGGAGCUGCUUGCAGUGGUGUAUGCUUUCGACAAGUUCUGACUGUACCUUGUGCUUUCUCAUGUUAUUUUCUAUACCGACCACUUAGUCAUUCGCUAUUUGAUGGCCAAGGCUGACGCCAAGACGAGGUUCAUCCGCUGAAUCCUUCUUCUGUAGGAGUUUGAUAUAGAGAUUCGGGAUAAGAAGGGAGCGGAGAACAUCACAGCAGAUCACCUCUCACGGUUGGAAGCCUCUCUGGUGGACAACUUUGUGGAGGAGAUAAACGACUCCUUCUCGGACGAGCGACUUUUGGCACUAUGCUUGGUGGAGAGUGUCAUUCCGUGGUAUUCUGACUUUGCCAACUAUCUGGUAGGCAAGUGAUAGACCAUUAAUUACAUAUUUUUAUACCUCUAUUCUUCAGCCGUUUGAGAGUCAAUUCUCGUGUAUUAAUCCAAUUUCAUGCUAGGUUGUGUGUUAAUGUCAUAUUUCAGGACUUAGCGUUGACGUGAAGGCGAGGAAAUGGGUUUCGGGUAAAAAAGGAGGACAUUGGAGUGGAAGAGGAAAAUAUCCGGCCAGGAGUUAAAAAUACCCGGCCGGGUAAAUUGCUAAGGGAGGCCGGGGAUUCACGUUUUUGGACUCCAAGAAGGAGGGGUUCUGGCCAAAGAGGAAAAAUACCCGAUCGGGUAUUUUGGACCACAACCGGGUAUUAAUCCCGUAUGCGAUGCUGUGCGUUUUGAAAUCCCCGGCCGGACACCUGAAAUACCUGGCUAGGUAUUAUGGCCGAGGAUCGCGAUCUGCUGGUUCUUAAGGGAAAGAAGUUCAACUUUUGAAGGGUUCCGAGUUUUAGAGAGAAAAAUUUGAUACCUAGAGAGAGUGACGAACCUGACUCUCCAAGUGCCCUAGAUCGAUCUUCAUCACCAUUAGAGCCUGGCUUGAGCUUGGAGAAGUGCCGAUUGGUUGCCAGAAGCAUAAUCCCAUCCUUCACAGUAUGGUUUCCGCAUCUAAGCUAGAUUUCCCUUCUCUCUCUAUGGAGUAAACUUUCUCAUUCACCUGGGUAUAAAGAACCCUAGAUUGUAUGUUAGGUCUGAUUGUAUGAACCCAAGUACGAAUUCAGUGAUAUGAUUAUAUUCAAUUGAGGUUUGAUUUCUUGAAUGGAAUGAAUCCUGAUCAAAUUCCUGUUAUUUCUACUUUGACCUAGAAAGAGAAUAUAUGCCUAGGUUGAUAGAGCACCCGUGAUUGAAGGUAGUGAAUUGACGACUUUAGUCGAGGAGUCAAUUCACUAUUAUGUACCGGAUUUACUUCGACAGAGGAGGUUUGGUUCAUUAGGGCCUCAAUCUGUUUACUCCGGUGGAGGUUAGUCGCCCGAUGGGGACUCAGAUUGAGAGGGUCUGGAGACCUUUAGUCGAGACUGCAGACUGUUUAAGAACCUCCCGCUGUAUAACUAUCUUUGAACUUGAACUUGAUGAAUUACAACCUGGCUUAACUGCAGUCUAGGGGGAACCAUAUCUGGGUGACCUCUCUCAAAUUGAACACAACUUCCACUACUUUGUGAUGAGAGGGCCCAUAAUUCGUUUGUAGUUUCUGAGAUUUUCGAUGUCUGGGGCAUUGAAUUCAUGGGUCCCUUUCCUUCUUCGUUUUGUAAUAAGUAUAUCUUGGUUGAGGUGGCCUACGUCUUUAGGUGGACAGAAGCUCAAGUCAUGCCCACCAAUGACGCAAGACGAGUCAGCUCAUUUCUGAAGCAGCUUUUCUCCUGGUUCUGGAUACCCCGAGAAAUCAUUAGCGACAAAGGAACCCACUUUCAGGGGCAGUUCACUAAGCUCCUCUCUCGCUAUGAUGUGACACACAAGGUGUCGGUGGCUUACCAUCCCCAAACAAAUGGUCAAGUCGAGCUGACGAUCCGGGAGCUAAAACGGAUAAUACAAAAGACAGCGGAUCAAUCCGGUAAAGAUUGGUCCACCAAGCUCGAUGAUGCUCUGUGGGCAUACUGGACGACCUACAAGACACCGAUUGAGACCUCUCCCUAUUGGCUUGCCUAUUGAAAGGCCUAUCAUCUGCCCGUUGAGCUAGAGCACAAUGCAUUUUGGGCCCUUAAGCUGCUAAACCUUGAUGUGAGUCUUGCAGGUACUGAAUGAAAAUGCAGUUGGUGG